UACUGGCGUUGACUGUAACCAACGUUCCGUUGAAACACGGAAGCUUUGUCUUCUUGAUCAAGGCACACCUGAUGAUCCAUCACCUCCCGCCUUAAAAGCCCUCGUAAGAGUUCACAUUUCUCUCUGCCAUUUUCCUCUUCUUGAUAAGUUCAUUUUCUUCUCUCUGCAUCAAAUCCUUGCUUCUGCGAAUGAGUUUCCUCAGACCUUCUUCACUUUAUCACUUUCUGCUCGCAUACCCUUCACUUAAAUGGAUGCCAUGCCAGAUCUGGGGGUUCCUUCGAUGGCCAGGUAUUGAUGGGUUCUUGAGACUUUUGGUGCUUGUGCUCUUAUGGUCCACCUUCUCCCAGCUUGUCUUUAUACCAUCUUAUUCCAUGUACCCUACGCUUCGUGUUGGUGAUCGAGUCCUUGUCGAAAAGGCCUCGUAUUACAUCAGAAGUCCUGCAAUAGGUGAUAUUGUAACAUUUCGAGCUCCUUUACGGCUUCUUAAUAUGCAACCUGGAUUUCGGAACCAAGAUGUUUUGAUUAAGAGAAUUGUUGCCAGAGCUGGAGAUUCUAUUGAGGUUCGUGGUGGAUUGCUCUAUCUCAAUGGAGUUGCUCAACGGGAAGAUUUUGUAGCAGAGAAACCAGCAUAUACAUUAGACUUAACCUAUGUUCCUAAAGGCCAUGUCUUCGUAUUAGGGGACAACCGAAACAAUAGCUACGACUCCCAUGAUUGGGGACCUCUUCCUGUUAAAAAUGUUGUUGGAAGAUAUGUUAUGUGUUGCUACAGACCUUCAAACAGGCGAAAGUAAAUAGGAGAAAUUGUUUGUAAAUCACAUGGCUAUAAGUAGGAAUUGAUUGAUUGAUCUCUUAAAGGAACAUAACAUGUAAUUGUUUAUUGGUUAUUUUGUAUCUUAAGUUGACAUGAGAAAUUAUUUGAUUCAAAUUAUGUAUUAACUUUUUUCCAUUAAUAUUCAAGUGAUUGACUGGUGCGCGACAUUCCCAAGAGACAGCAUUGUUGAAACGGCACUGCAUUUCUCAUACGACAAAUAGCCUCGCCUUUGUUUAUAGACCAAUGCUAUCCCAGAAUGGCUUACAUAGUUGGCAUGCUAGGAAAUGUGUAGAAUGUGGUAAAUGGACCAAUGUAGAUGUGCCUGUUAAUACGGCAUAUCAGCAUCAAAAACAAUCCUUCAACAA